AUUCCACGCUUUCCUUGGUUUCCGGGUCCGUGGGUCGGGUCGUGCUCGUGUGAUCGGCGCUGGUCAGAGCCAUGUCUCAGCAUGUGCCCGCCGUGAACAGAAAGAACCUGCACAAACUGGCAGAGGCCAUGUGCCGAUCUGUCAAACACUUCAAUAAGAAUGAAAUGGAAAACCUUAUACGCCUAUAUUAUAGUAUAGUUGGGCGUCCAGUGGACGCAAAUGCAAGGGGAGGCGUGGAUCGCAAUACUUUCCGAAACAUUCUGCACAACACAUUUGGAAUGACAGAUGACAUGAUCAUGGACCGAGUUUUCCGUGGGUUUGACAAAGACAAUGACAGUUAUAUUAACGUCACCGAAUGGAUUGAGGGUUUGGCUGUCUUUCUUCGUGGGACAUUAGAUGAAAAAAUAAAAUACUGUUUUGGAGUCUAUGACCUGAAUGGUGAUGGAUAUAUUUCCAGAGAAGAGAUGUUUCACAUGCUAAAGAACAGCCUUCUAAAACAACCAACUGAAGAGGACCCUGAUGAAGGAAUAAAAGAUUUGGUAGAGAUAACGCUGAAAAAGAUGGAUUAUGACCAUGACAGCAAACUGUCCUAUACUGAUUUUGAAAAAGCUGUAAGAGAUGAAAACCUUCUUCUAGAAGCGUUUGGUCCGUGCCUACCAGAUAGUAAGAGCAUAAUGGCCUUUGAACGACAAGCAUUUACAGAGCCAAAUGACCAAUAGAAAUGGAUCUACAUAUCCUUGAAUGAGAAUGAGCAGCU